ACUUCAGAGCAUUCCCUGGCACGCUGCCUUUCCGCGCUCCUAUAAAUGACCACAAAGCUCAGCGCGUCCACAUUCAUCAAGUCAGAAGUCCUUUAUUUUGUCUCCGUGGCCCUGAAGGCUGGUGCUAUUAAUGUGAUUUUACGCAUGGGAGUCUGUGGGGAGGUAAGCUCAGGUCUUUUGACUUCGAAGCCUUCGCUUUUUCCCACCACCCGCCAUGGGCUGGGACUGAAACAGGACUACCGACUGAUUCAGACGAAGUUUGGGCAGAGAGAAAACUUCUUAGACUGAGCAAAGCAGUCUCAACAAGAAAAUGAUUUAAAAGAAAUUUUAUUGUGUGAUGUCAGAAUGCAUUUAGUGCUCUUCAUGUACAGUGUACCUGAAGUGGAAGCACUGCGAGACGCCAGGCGUGAAGACCCUGUGUAAUCUGAAGCACUGCGAGACGCCAGGCGUGAAGACCCUGUGUAAUCUGAAGAAACUUCUGAACCGGCUUCAGAAAGACCACCGGGACGACGUCUACCUCUACAUCUCUGGACACCUGAACCCCAACAAGCUCUACCGGCCUCCGGAGACGAUCUUACAGCACUGGCCCAAUGCCCACCGGCCCAAGGGGGAGCGCGCCUCUGAGGUGGGAGAGCCGCCCGCAGGGAAGGUGGCGAGGAUGAAGGAGGCCCUGGCCCACUUCACCAUCCACACGGCGCUGGUCCCCAGUGAGGCCCAGGACACCCCGCUGUUCAGGUACCUGAACCCCCAGGCCUCUCUUUCCCACACUUCAGAGGAGGAUUUCCUUCCAGUGGAGGCUGUCAGAGAGGGGAAGGAAGAAAAGAAAGGAGGCCCUCCUGGACGGGGCCCUCCUGGAUGGCGCAGGAGGGAAGAACUCCGGCUGCCCGACUUGAAGGUGCUGUCCUACCAGGAGGCCGGGUCCAGAGGCACCAGGGACCGGCACCACUAUGUCAGCUCCUACCUGGCCGGAGCCACCAGCGCAGACAGGUACAGGAUGUUCCUGCGUUUCCAGAAGGAAGUGCUCGCCAAGCAAGAUCUCCUGAAGAAUGACUUCACCGGGAGCAAGGCGGCCGCGGGCCACGAGAGAAAGCUGCAGCAGGAGCUCCAGAAAAUUUGCACGUGCAGCCCCCAGCAGUUCAACAGACUGCACGUCUUUGGAAAAGUCUUUGAAGAUAUUUGUAACAGUUCUUUGAUAUUUGGUGAUCUCUUGAAAAAAGUUAAGGAUGAAUAUGAACUCUACAUGGCAACGCUCCUGGAGUCCCAGCCUGCAGCACAGUACGAGGCUCUUCUGGCUCAACUCAAGGCGCUGGGGCAGAGGCCGGUGAAGACGGCGGACAUGGAUCUCGCCAGGGAAGAGCUGAGGAUGCUCGUGACAGCCACAAAAGCAGCCCUGGAGCAGAAUGAUAGACUCAGAAGUGAACUGGAGAUGGAGCUGGCAUUGCUGCAGUCUGCAAAGGAACGAUCAGAAUCAUCUGAGAAACAUAUAAUUGAUGAAAACCGACUUACUCUUAUUGAGAAGGUUGAAAAGAAGAGGUGUGAAAUACUCAGUAAGUGGGAUGAGAUACAAGCUCUGGAAAAAGAAAUUAAAACAACUUUGGUUCAUACUGGAAUUUCAGAUAUCACUGAGAAUAGGAUUAAAAGCAUAGAGCAUGAAGCUAUACAAUUGGAAACAGAAAAUAUGAUUUUAAAGAAGAAAAUAAAAGUUACUGAAAACCAUGUGAAGCAGAUCAUAGGAAAGAUCAGUGAAGAGAGGCAGGAGGGCCUUUGGAAAUUUAUCAAGGAAUUUGUAAAAUCAGAGGAAACAGAAGAUAACGCUCAAGUGGCUGAACAAAUUGCCAGUGAAAAUUCUUAACUUCCAUGUAUGUAGCAUGGAUAUUUGCAGAUGCAUAUACAUUCAUAAAGAUACAUUUCAUUUCAUCA